GCGUAGAAAGUGCUGCUGUGAAUAAUCUUCCCAUUUUAGCUGUGUGGGUGUGUGUGGAAAGUGCUGCUGUGAAUGUUUUGCUGAGUGAAUGAUGGCGUGCCUGCUGGAGGCCCCUUUACGCAUCAGCGUGUUAUCUGAAGUCACAGCCACGAGUCGCCACUAUGUUGACCGGCUUUUCGACCCGGACCCACAAAACGUGCUGCAGGGAGUCAUUGACAUGAAGAACGCUGUCAUCGGAAAUAACAAGCAAAAGGCCAACCUGAUUGUCCUGGGAGCUGUGCCGAGACUGCUUUAUCUUCUCCAGCAGAGCUCAUCCAGUCUAGAGUUGAGGACUGAAUGUGCAGUUGUGUUGGGCAGUCUGGCCAUGGGCACAGAAAACAACAUCAAGUCCCUGGUAGACUGUCACAUCAUCCCAGCCUUGCUGCAGGGUCUAAUGUGUUCAGAUCUGAUCUUCAUUGAAGCAUGUCUGCGCUGUUUAAGAACCGUUUUCAUAAGUCCAGUUACACCAGUCCAGCUACUUUACACAGACCCCAGUGUGAUCCCUCAUCUCAUGUCUCUGUUGAGUCAAUCACAGCACACACAGGAAUACAUCACACAAAUCUUUGCUCACUGCUGCAAGACUCCAGAACAUCAGACAGUUUUGUUCAACCACGGUGCCAUCCAGAACAUUGCUCCACUUCUGAUUUCUCCCUCCUAUAAGGUACGGAUGCAGGCAUUAAAGUGUUUCUCAGUCUUGGCCUAUGAGAACACUCAGGUGUCUAUGACACUGGUGAAUGUGCUUGUAGAUGGAGAGCAACUCUCUCAGGUUUUUGUCGGAAUGAUGCAAAGGGACAAACCAAUCGAAAUGCAGCUUACAGCUGCCAAAUGUUUAACAUACAUGUGUCGAGCAGGAGCCAUCAGGACGGAUGACAGCUGUGUUGUACUAAAGACUCUGCCGUGCCUGGUGCGGAUGUGCAGUAAAGAACGGCUACUGGAGGAGCGGGUGGAGGGGGCGGAGACACUGGCUUACCUGAUGGAGCCAGACAUAGAACUGCAGCGGAUCGCCAGCGUCACUGACCAUCUCGUGUCCAUGCUGGCUGACUACUUUAAAUACCCAAGCUCUGUCAGCGCCAUCACGGAUAUUAAGAGGCUGGACCAUGACCUAAAACAUGCACAUGAGCUCAGACAGGCAGCUUUCAAACUGUACGCCUCGCUGGGCUCCAAUGACGAGGACAUCAGGAAGAAGAUCACAGAGACGGAGAACAUGAUGGACAGGAUCGUCAGCGGCCUAUCAGAAUCCAGCAUCAAAGUACGGUUAGCAGCAGUCAGAUGCUUGCACAGUUUAUCACGAUCUGUACAACAGCUAAGAACGAGUUUUCAUGAUCAUGCAGUAUGGAAGCCACUAAUGAAGUUAUUACAGAAUGCGCCGGAUGAGGUGCUGGUUAUGGCCUCUUCAACACUAUGCAACUUACUGCUGGAGUUUUCCCCCAGCAAGGAGCCUAUUUUAGAGUCUGGAGUCAUCGAGUUACUAUGCAGUCUUACACAAAGCGACAGUCCAGCUCUGAGGGUCAACGGCAUCUGGGCUCUCAUGAAUAUGGCGUACCAGGCAGAUCAAAAGGUGAAAGUGGAGAUCGUUCGAGCGUUGGGCACAGAACAGCUCUUUAGACUCCUGUCUGACCCUGAUACCAAUGUGCUCAUGAAAACACUGGGGCUGCUUCGAAAUCUACUGUCCACCAGACCGCAUAUAGACCAGAUCAUGAGCUCGCAUGGGAAGCAGAUAAUGCAAGCGGUCACUCUUAUCCUGGAGGGAGAACAUAGCAUAGAGGUCAAAGAGCAGACAUUGUGUAUAUUGGCCAACAUCGCUGAUGGAAACACAGCCAAGGACCUCAUUAUGACCAAUGACGACAUUCUCCAGAAAAUCAAAUAUUAUAUGGGACACUCCAAUGUGAAGCUGCAGCUGGCCGCCACCUCCUGCGUCUCCAACCUCAUCUGGAACGAGGAGGAUGGAUUAUCCUCUUUUGUAGGCUCACAAGAAAGACAAGACAAACUAAAAGAGAUGGGAUUUGUUGAUAUUUUACACAAGCUUACUCUGGCGUCAGAUCCAGGCCUCUGUGACGGGGCAAAAACAGCAAUGCAGCAGUAUUUGGCGUGACCUCAAAGGAAGGUGCGAUGUGCCCCGACAACUUAAGGAGGAUGUCAUCUACUGUGUUUUUGCUUUAGAUUUGAGUUUCUUUUUUGCUCUUCCUUUUGGUUUUGUUGCACAAGACACCUUUGGUUGUGGAGACUCCCCGAACGACUUGGUAAUCGGAGACACCGUUGCCAGGGGCCACGGCACCUUUUGGGCUCACAGCUACGUUGGUUUAAUGUUUUCUGCUGAACUCUCGGAGCUAAGAUUUUUGGUUGUUUUUGGACAUAAUGUGAAGGAUUAAGUAACUUCCUCAAAGUGUGUUGCGCCGCCACCUGGUGGUUUGGAGGCUUUGAUGCUUUGGACUCCCUUGGAGAAAGCUAACUGACCUCUGUGCUAAGCUUAUAGGAGCUUAGUCUCCGUAUUUUGGUUUGCUGAUUUACUGUUGAUGAUGUUAUUAUAACUAUAAUUAUUAUUAUUAUUAUUAUUAUUUUAAUUGGGACUUGGAAAGCUUAGAAAAAAAGUCUGCUCGUUUUUGUUCUUUUUUGUAGAUACAUACCUCGUAAAUAUAUAUAAAUAUAAAUAUAUAAAUAUAUUUUUUGGAUUUUUAA